CUAGAUGUCCAGAUCCUAAUAAAGUAAUUCGUGAGGCUGCCCCAUGUUGCUGUCUGUCCUCGGUAGACCCUGCACAGUGUGAGACUGUCCCGUGAUCUCCGUACAACUACAGCUGCAAUGGCAGACGCCCUGGCUAAAAUCCCCGUGGUAGAGAUUGAUCCAGAGGGAACGUUUAAGUACAUUCUGCUCACAGUGAAAGUGAAAGAUGGCGAAUUACAUAAAGACGUAGUCCGAGGCACAAAAAGUGCAGAGUAUCACAAUCAUAUAUUUGAGAAGGUCAAUCCAGCUAUGGAGGCCUUGGGGAUGGAGUGUAAAUGCCUUGGAGGAGGGAAGAUAGAGCACAACAGCCAAGAUAAAAAACUGAGGGUGUUUGGAGAGUCAACCGCAUUUGGAAAAGCAGACCAUUCUGUGUCUGCGGAGAAGUUGAAGAGUGCCUUCAGCGACUAUGAGAUCACCUGGUCUGACGACAAGAAAUAGAGUAAAGCUGCAACUAACUGUGUUAUCAGUUCCAAACCUUCUGUAAAUCCAUCAUUUAAAUAAAACACACCAUUCUGCAUUUCA